ACAAACCAUGGAUUCAAUACCCCUUCAAUUCUACCCUCCUACUCCCUCUGAAACUUUAGAUUUUGGAAGAAUAAUUCAACAAUCACCUUCAUUUGUCCUUAAACCAACUACUCCAGAAGAGAUCUCUGUUUUGCUAAAAUCCAUACCUUUAUCUCCAAUCUACAACAAUAUAACAGUAGCUGCAAGAGGUGCAGGCCAUUCUAUAUAUGGUCAAGCCCAAGCACCAAAUGGUAUUGUUAUAGACAUUACUAGUCUACCCAAUUCCAUGAAAAUUAGUAGAAGUGAUCAAGAGGAAAGUAAAGAUCAUUUCUUCAUAGAUGUUAGUGGAGGAGCACUUUGGAUUGAUGUUUUGAAGGAGACACUGAAACAUGGUUUAACACCAAGAUCAUGGACUGAUUAUUUAUUCCUUACUGUGGGUGGAACACUAUCAGUUGGUGGCAUUAGUGGUCAAACAUUUAAAUAUGGACCUCAGAUAUGUAAUGUUCUUGAAAUGGAUGUAAUAACAGGAAGAGGAGAUUUUGUGACUUGUUCAAAAGAGAAAAAUUCUGAACUUUUCUAUGGAGUUUUAGGUGGAUUAGGACAGUUUGGUAUUAUCAUAAGAGCAAGGAUCAUAUUAGAGAUUGCACCUCCUAUGGUAAAACAUGUAAGAUUGUACUACAGUGAUUUCAGUCUGUUUGUCAGAGAUCAGGAAACCCUAAUUUCAAUGAAAGAGGUAGAUUAUGUGGAAGGUUAUAUUAACCUAAACCAUAAUAGUGAACCCUUGGCUCAUUUACUACUAAGUAAUAAGCCUUCAAGGUUCGAUGAUGCCGCCGCCACUGAUUAUAUUAUUGAAGUGGCAUUGUUCUAUAAUGAGGCAGCAGUUGUUCAAGAGGUUAUGGAUCAAGUAUUUUCACAAUUAAGCCUAAUGCCAUCAUCAAGUACUGCACAGAUUAAUGAUAUCUCCUACUUUGAUUUCCUGAACCGGGUGGAGCAAGAGGAGAAAAAACUUAGAAAUGAAGGACUUUGGGAAGUGCCUCAUCCAUGGCUUAAUGUUUUUAUACCAAAAUCACAGAUAAAACCAUUUAAAGACCUUCUGCUCAAAACCAUCUCUGCUAUCCCCACUAAUGGACCAGUGCUAAUCUACCCAAUUCUUAGACACAGAUGGGACCAGAAGAUGUUUGUGGUAUUGCCAAGAGAGGAAGAAGGGGAAGAUGUCUUUUACAUAGUAUCAUUGCUUCGUUCAGCGAUACCAUCUUCAAGUUUACAAACCCUUCUUAGCCAAAAUCAGGAGAUCAUAGAUGCUGCAACUUCUUCAAAAGCUCCAAUUCAUCUUCUUAGCCAAAAUCAGAAGAUCAUGGGUGGAAAACAAUACAUGCCAUACUUGAGAGAUGAGAGUGAAUGGAAAAUCCAUUUUGGUGAAGAUCAGUGGAUGAAAUUUGAGGAACUCAAGAUCAAAUUUGAUCCAUUCCAUAUUUUGGCUCCUGGUCAGAUGAUUUUUAAGAGGAAGAACAUUGAAAUCUAAAGACAU